AUGAGCCGAAGUAGCGGUGGCGGCGGCGGUGUCGCGGAGGCCAAUGGCGAACUAAGAAUAUUGCUAGUGGUGACUGUGAUCAUCGGUCUCCUUCUCAUGUUCUCCCUUUUAAUGUGUUAUGCGUGUGUCCUAAAGCGACUAUGCUGCGGUACACCUAGAGAGCGAGCGAAGCAUGUUGCUUGUGCUAGAAGAACUGAAAGCUAUCCUAUGGGUGACGUCACGUUACUCUCUCAACCCACGGAGAGUGAACGAGUUUAA